GGAAUGUCUAAGGAAAGAUGGCGGAAGGAGGAGCGGCUGAUCUGGAUACCCAAAGAGGAGAGGUCGCGACACUGUUGAAAACACAACUAAGAAAGGGAGACACUUGGUACCUAGUGGACAGUCACUGGUUCAAACAGUGGAAGAAAUAUGUGGGAUUUGACAGCUGGGACAAAUACCAGAUGGGAGACCAGAAUGUCUACCCAGGACCGGUUGAUAACUCUGGUCUUCUCAAAGAUGGGGAUGUGCUCGCCAUCAAGGAACACCUCAUUGAUGAGCUUGACUACAUUCUGGUCCCAACAGAAGGCUGGAAUAAACUCGUCAGCUGGUAUGGACUCACAGAGGGUCAGGAGCCAAUCGCUCGCAAGGUGGUUGAACAGGGUAUGUUUGUGAAGCACUGCAAGGUAGAAGUGUACCUGACCGAGCUGAAGCUCUGUGAAGACAGCAAUAUGGACAAUGUGAUCACCAAACGCUUCAGUAAAGCUGACACAAUAGAUAUGAUUGAGAAGGAAAUGAGGAAGCUGUUCAGCAUCCCUGAUGAGAAGGAGACCAGGCUGUGGAACAGGUACAUGAGCAACACCUUUGAGCCUCUCAACAAACCUGACAGCACCAUCCAAGAUGCCGGCCUCUACCAAGGACAGGUUCUCGUAAUAGAGCAGAAGAGCGAGGAUGGCACAUGGCCCCGAGGCUCCACGGCACCCAAGUCAUCUGGUGCUUCCAAUCUCUCUGCUUUGCCAAAGAUCUCGCCUUCAUCUCUCACAAACAAUCAUAACAGCAGCUUCAACAGCAGGAAUGUGAAGAAUUCGAGCUAUAGUCUACCAUCCUACCACCCUUACAGCAACAGUUAUGACUACUCGGACCAGAGCAGGCAGAGCGAGCGCUCAGGCUUGUGUGGACUCUCAAACCUGGGCAACACCUGUUUCAUGAACUCUGCUGUGCAGUGUUUAAGCAAUACCCCUCCGCUGACGGAGUACUUCCUCAAAGACAAGUAUACAGAUGAGCUGAAUGAGGACAAUCCACUUGGCAUGAAGGGGGAGAUUGCCAGAGCCUACGCGGAGCUUAUUAAACAGCUGUGGUCAGGCAAAUACAGCUACGUCACCCCGAGGCCUUUCAAGACCCAGGUGGGCCGCUUUGCUCCCCAGUUCUCGGGCUACCAGCAGCAGGACUCUCAUGAGCUUCUGGCUUUCCUUUUGGAUGGCCUACAUGAGGACUUGAACCGCAUCAGAAAGAAGCCCUACAUUCAGCUCAAGGAUGCAAAUGGUCGGCCUGAUAAGGUUGUGGCAGAGGAGGCGUGGGAGAACCACAUUAAGAGAAAUGACUCCAUUAUUGUGGACAUCUUCCACGGCCUUUUCAAGUCGACUCUGGUGUGUCCUGUGUGCUCGAAGGUCUCUGUGACCUUUGAUCCUUUCUGCUACUUGACCCUGCCACUGCCCAUGAAGAAGGAACGGACACUAGAAGUUUAUUUAGUCAGACUGGACCCUCUGGCCAAACCCACACAGUACAAACUAACUGUGCCGAAAGUGGGCUACAUUUCUGACCUGUGUACCUCCCUGUCCAACCUGUCAGGCGUGCCUGCUGAAAAGGUAGAAUAUUUAGCAUCGGCCUGCGCAGGAAUCCUGCCUCUGUUAUCACGUUGUAAUGCUGACAUCUACUUUUUAAUAGACGUUGUCCUCUGUCGGUUUGUGCGAUCUUCUGUAGAGGAAGAAGAGGACGACUGUGAUGAGACACAGCCAUCUAAACAACACACUGUUAAUGGUAAUGCCACUAAUGGACUGUUGGAGGAGGGGUCACCGAGUGAGAUGGAGACCGAUGAGCAGGACGACGAGUCCAGCCAGGAUCAGGAGCUGCCCUCUGAAAACGACAACAGCCAGUCGGAGGACUCUGUCGGUGGGGACAAUGAGCUUGAGAACGGUGUGGUCGGCCCACAGAAUUCCACCAAAGGCCAGCAGACGUCCGGACACAGCAGGAAGAGACUUUUUACAUUCCAGUUCAAUAACAUGGGAAAAACUGACUUCUCACUCAUCAAGGAGGACACCAGGCAGAUCCGCUUUGACGAGGGACACCUCCGACUUAGUGACCGCUCUUAUCUCUCCUUGGACUGGGAGCCAGAAAUCAAGAAGAAGUAUUUUGACGAGACUGUUGUUGAGGACUGUGACAAGCACGAGAGCAUGGAGUACAAACCUCAAAAAAAGGCUUUCUUCAAGCUGAAGGACUGCAUCGAACUGUUCACCACAAAGGAAAAACUGGGGGCAGAGGACCCUUGGUACUGUCCCAACUGUAAGCAGCACCAGCAGGCCACAAAGAAGCUGGACCUGUGGUCUCUGCCACCAGUGCUGGUGGUCCAUCUUAAACGCUUCUCAUACAGUCGCUACAUGAGGGAUAAACUGGACUCGCUUGUUGACUUCCCGCUCAGAGAUCUGGACAUGUCUGAAUUCCUGAUCAACCCCAAUGCCGGGCCCUGUCGCUACGACCUCAUUGCUGUGUCCAACCACUAUGGUGGGAUGGGAGGGGGCCACUAUACUGGUUAUGCUAAAAACAAAGACGAUGGAAAGUGGUACAACUUUGAUGACAGCAGCGUGUCUCCUGCCAGCGAAGAUCAAAUAGUGUCCAAAGCAGCCUAUGUGCUGUUCUACCAGCGCCAGGACACAGUGAAAGGCACCGGCUACUUUGCUCUCGACCGAGAGGAGGAGGAAGAGGAGGAGGAAGAUGAAGAAGAGGAAGGGGAGGAUGAGGAGAAUGAGGGCGAGGAGAGGAGGGAGAGAAAAACCGCCUUGUCCGCUCAGGGAGCCUUGUCUGCUGCCGCUGCCGCCGCCGUUCAAAGCGACGACGAGGACCCUAAUGAGAACCAGUGCAGGAAGAACGACGAAGAGCAGGAAGACGAGGAGGAAGAGGAGACGGCAGAACAGGCACCCAAUCGAGACGUCGCAAUGAAAACCAACUGAGGGAAACGAGGACAUGAAUAUAUAUAUAGAGAGAGAAUGGGAUCUUUCCAUCCAAAGCCAUACGGACACACGGCGUGACAGCGGGCGCCACUGGUCCCACCCAGCGGCUCGGACUUAGCUGCUCGACAGGAAGAACCACUGCGGGGACAUCAGCUGUUGGGUCAGGGGGCUACAGGGGUACGCAACUCUAAGAAAUCAGGGCCCUCCUCUGUGGUUGGAUCACUGUGUGUGUUUGUGUGUGUGCGUGUGUGGCCACGUUCGUUUGUUUAGAAUUUGCUCACUUGCUCUCUGAGAAGAGUCACUAAACAGCCGGGAUCUUUUUUUUGUUUUUUUUUUUUUUUUUACAGCUUUGAAUCUCAGUUUUAUUAUUUUUUUAAAGUACAUAUCUCUAAGAGGAAUGCAUUUUUGGCAUAUCAUUUUAGCAUCAUCGUUUAGAUUUUGUAAAUAUUUUAAACACUGAACUGUACCGAGUUUUCAUGAUGCGCUGAAACAUUUUUGAACUUGCACAAUCACCAACCAUCCGCCCCGCUUUUCUUUUCUUUUUUAAAAAUUUUAAAUGUAUCGAUGCCAGACAUACUGCAACUUUGUGUCAGAGAGUUUUCUCACAUACAGAGCUUAGGGAGCUGCCUCUAGAAAGCCAGUGCUGAGACGCCACUACACUAAGAAAUAAUGUUGAGAAUUGACAGUCGUUGCUGUGUGGGCUUUUUUCUUUUCUUUUUUUAAAUAGCCAUCCAGCCGAGCUAGCUCUGUCAUGCUGCUGCGAUCUUAGAUUUUUACACAUGAUUAGCAUACUGACAUGAGCCUUGGCGAACUUAAGAUCCUGCUUUUGCUCUGUCUAUAGUCCUCUCUGUUUAUAAUUCUUCAGUAAAGCAGGACUGAGAUAUUGCGUGGCUAACUUUACAAAGAAACCACACUGUAUCUCUCCAUAUUUUAAAUAUUAGGAAAUGCUCUUUUAGAAGUUUAUAUCCGGAAGUCAAACCUAUAUGUAGUGAAGUGCUGUUUAAGGAGUUAGCAGAGAUUCUUUACUCCUCUUCACCCGCUCCUGAAGUUGUACUUCAUUAGAUGGUAUUUAAAGCUUUAUUGUGGCUACGUUCUUAAGAUUUUAGGCACUUUGAGAUUAGGGACAUCGGUGAUUUCAUUGUCUCUCGUUUGAAUCGCCUCGGCCUUAACUCUUAAUCUCAGACCAGUCGCCUUUUCUUUGCACACGGCCGUCACACCAUCUCUCGAUAUUACGCGAGCACUCGUCUAUGAAUGUCCAUGUUACUUGCUUGAUAUCUCCCAGCCACGUCACACCAGUUUCUUUUAACCCACAAGAGGGCCAGAAUGUAUGCUGAAUGAACCAGACCACAUGUAUGUGACUGAUGCCUUUUAAGUCAUCCUUUCUUUCUUUCACUUCUCCCCACGGCCCUUUCGAGUUUGAAAGGUGAUGGAAAUGGGUGUUCUUUGCAUUUUAUAUUACCUGUAUGAAUUUCAUGGGUAUUAGCUGAAUGCGUUCCUUCUUUGUGGUCCUGAGCUUUGAGGAGGAGAGAGGGAGACGAAACUUAAAAAAAACAAAAACAAACAAAAAAACAUUUUGGGGUGAGUGUGCCUAAAAGGCCUUUCAGCUUCUCGGGAUCAUGAUACAGUGAAAAUAUUUUGUGGCACAUCGUUGGCAGGAUAUUCCUCCAUCGACGUAACUCGCGGUAAAACUCUAUUCUCCAUGGUGGAGUGCGAUGUUUUCUUUUCUACCUGCUCUUUCCAUUGUAAACAGCAUUAGCGGAUCUGUUGUUGCCUCAGAAUAUUAGAUGUGUAACAUGCCUUUAAGAGCAUCUCUGUGCUUCGACUUCAGGUGGCUUUACCGCCUCAGUGCUGCCUUGCUUUUUGGGCAACUCACCCCAUCCUGAGUGAGAUGUGAUUGCUACUAUAGGCUUAUACAAUACUGUACAUAAGAGUUCACUCUGUGAGUGCACAUUUGAUAAAAUUUAUUUAUUUAUAUGUAAGCAUUUAAUAAUAAACAAUAUAUUUAAAACCUUGGCAAGACGUGAAAUGUCGGGGGUAACGUGGCUCGAGUCCACACAUACACACUAGUUUGCAGAGUCUUGCCUGUGCUCUCGUCAGGGAGGGAAUAUUUUUUAAACAAAGGAUGAUUCUGUUUUGGGACUUUUUUUGUAAAGAUAAUCCAGACAUCCUUGCAUGAUGAUGUAUGGGCUGAGGGUGGUGGGUGGGGAGUUACCAGGUUUGGCUGCACUUGAGUUCACUUGGGUUUACAUUUGAAAUGUGCAUGUGUAUUUAUACACAAUCUUCAAUAAAGUUGUGUAAAGCUU